AGGCUCGCACUCUCCGAUUGUUUACAUCCUCCUCUGUAUACGAAUUUCUGUCAAAAAUCACGAGAUUUUCAUUAAUCCUUAGAUUCGUGAUAAAGAAGCUGAUGAUUUGGUACCAGUGACCAUCAUGGGAGAUGCAGCAAUUGCAAUCCUUUGCUCCCUUUAGUUCAGCUGUUGAUGCAGGAUUUUGGCACAAGUUUACCCAGUUAAAGUUAGAUGUGAUUCACCUGAGCAAAGAUCCAAUACCAGUCACAGGAAACUAUGUCAACAGUGAUGCUGCAGGGCUACCAUCAAGACUUAGUGUGGAGUAUGAUGCUUUGGAAAGCAACCAGCCAGUACCUCACCUUUCAUUCCGAGCUGUUGGGACACUCAUCAACACAAACACAGUGGAAGAGUUCCGUAGCUAUGAUAAAGUGGAGCUCCUGAAGUCAGCUGGAGCUUCUCUCUGGGAGGCCUUGACCUCAGAACUAGCACUGGAGAACCCCUCUCUCUUGUCCUCCUUCCUCAUGUUUACUUUUGCUGACCUGAAAAAAUAUCAUUACUACUACUGGUUUGCAUUCCCAGCCUUCACUUCAUCCAAAACUGUUCCACUAGUCCAACAGCCCCAGCCAAUUGUGUCACAGCUGACUGAAAAUGAGAUUGCUUCACUACUAGCAGCAUUUAGUGCCCGAGAGACUGAUAAGAAUUCUGGAUUCUUCACCAUAAGGAAGAAGAACAAUGACUGGAGUAUCCAUCCUCUGAAGAAGUACCCAGAUUUACGAACUGCAGCAUCUACUGAUGCGGAAGUCUUCUUGGGAUUCUGUGAUCCAUGCACACUACCUCAGAAUCCUGGAUGGCCCUUGCGGAAUCUUCUCACACUGGUUUUACUAAAGUGGUCAAAACAGUGGCCCAUCCACAAGAUCCUGUGCCUGAGAAUAAGAACAAGAAGUGGAGUGCAAGAUGCUAGUCACAGUAUAUAUGUUGAAGUUGAUUUAGGAGGCAUUCUAGAUCAAGACAGUCAACCUGUGAUGCCUACAUGUCUUGGAUGGGAGAAGAACGAGAGAGGAAAAAUGGGUCCUCGCAUGGUCAACCUUUCUUCCACAAUGGAUCCUACAAGAUUAGCAGAAUCAGCAGUAGAUCUCAACCUGAAGUUAAUGAGGUGGAGAGUGGCCCCACAACUUGAUCUUCCAGUUAUACAAGACACCCGCUGUUUACUCUUGGGAGCAGGGACUCUUGGCUGUGGUGUUGCACGUUGCCUCUUGGGUUGGGGUAUUCGCAACAUAACCUUUGUAGACAGUGGGAAGGUGUCGUUUAGCAACCCCGUCCGCCAGAGUCUGUUUGUCUUUGACUCCUGUUUGAAUGGAGGAGAGAACAAAGCUACAGCAGCUGCCAAAGCCCUAAAGGACAUUUUUCCAAGAGUUAAUUCCAAUGGUGUAGUACUGAGCAUUCCAAUGCCUGGUCACACUGUUAGUGACAGUUUAAUCGAACAGGUCAGAAAAGAUGUGGAAAAAUUAGAACAGCUUAUAGAAGACCAUGAUGCUAUCUUUCUUCUUAUGGACUCAAGGGAAAGCAGAUGGCUUCCAUCCAUGCUGGGCUCAGCAAAGAACAAGCUGGUCUUCACUGCAGCGCUUGGCUUUGACUCCUACUUGGUCAUGCGCCACGGUUUCAGACAGAGAGCAGAUGGAGCUGACACUGCCUCGUCUAGUACCUCAGACCAACAGGGUGCUAUGGCAAGUGCUGUUCAUGGAGCCCCCAUUCCUGGCAACCUUUUAGGAUGCUACUUCUGCAAUGAUGUUGUUGCACCUGGAGAUUCAACACGGGAUCGAACCUUAGAUCAGCAGUGCACCGUCACUCGUCCAGGAGUGUCUUACUUGGCUGCUGCUCAUGUCACUGAGCUAAUGGUGUCAAUUCUGCAACAUCCAGACAGAGGAUUAGCAGAGGCAGGUAUCAGCAGUCAGCAGGAUGUGAAGGAAGGUGUAUUGGGACCAGUGCCUCACUCUUUGCGUGGGUUCUUAGGACGACACCAACAGCUUACUCCUGCAACAGCAGCAUUCAAACAGUGCCCAGCAUGUUCUGACAAGGUGGUUUCAGCGUAUAGAGAAGAGGGCUUUGAAUUUCUCCUUAAGGUCUUCAAUACUCCAUCAUAUCUAGAAGACAUCACAGGACUUAGUGCUCUCCAGCAGUGCACAGAUGACUCGCAGAUCUGGGAGCUGAGUGACAGUGAGGAGGAGAUGGAGUGACAAAACAAGGUUAAGUAAUUUAGUAAGACAGAAUUUAGAAUUAUGUGUUGAUGUUAUUUAUUCUUGAUGAAAGGUUUAUAGUUAAUCUAAUGGUAAAAUCAACAGAUGAUUCGGGGAGAUGGGCAAAUAGGCAUGUACUGAUUCGUGAACAGAAACUGUUGAUAUUUAAAUUUGUGUCUCUUGUUGAAGUAAAUAGUUUCCAUGCUCCAGUUGGGGUGGUAUUCUUCCAGUAAAAUUGACUACAUUGAUAAUAAUUGGGUGAUAUCAACCAAAACAUGAUAUGUAUAGUAAUGAUAGAUAUGUGUGUCAAUUGCUGAGCUCAUCACAAUAAUGUUUAUAGAAGAGCUGGUAAUAGCUACCUGGGUAUUUGCUAGCUUUUCAUUUUGCUACAUAUUUUUUACAACAGCUUGCCUUUACAUAAGAAUGGCCUUUGAAAGUAUGCAUAAUAAGCUUUAAAGUUCUAGAUGAAAGAAAUUGUAUUUCCACACACAUGCACAUACACAUAUAGUAGUCUUACACAAACAGGUGAUUAUACUAAACAUAGAUGUAUGAGCAUGCCUUU